AUGGCAUCAAAUCACCCAAUUUCCAACCUGCCCUAUGAUCACCAAUCACAUACUCAACAGUACUGGAACUCGAAUGGGCAAUAUCCUCCUAUGAACAACUAUCCAAAGCCGUCUUCAGGGCUAUACGGCUCAGGAUUACCUUUGUCUGCCAAUGUGCAUCUUGACCCUCGGGCUGGCUUGAACCGCACACCGAGCCCUACUCCGAGUGAAGCGAAGGAGUUACAGACUGGUGCUAUUGACUUCAAGGCUAUGAUGAAUUGGCGGUUCUGGAUACGGAGAGAAUGGCUUUGGUAUUACGUUGCCCUUGUUAUCAUCACUGUCAUUACCGCCCUCAUAACAAUCUUCCAUGAUCAAAUUGUCGGCUGGUUGACUCCUUUUACUCAGUGGCUACAUGGUCUCAAAUUUGGCUGGCUUGUUCCUAUAGGAAUUCUGUUUGUGCUAUCCUUCCCCCCGCUUUUUGGUCACGAAAUUGUCGCUAUUCUUUGUGGCCUCGUCUGGGGUCUAUGGAUUGGCUUUGCAAUCGUAGCUGCUGGUACAUUUAUUGGUGAAAUAGGAAAUUUCUAUGCAUUCAAAUAUUGUUGUCGCGCUCGGGGAGAAAAGAUGGAAAAGACCAAUAUAUCUUACGCUUGUCUUGCCAAAGUUGUCCGUGAUGGUGGUUUCAAAAUUGCCCUGAUCGCUCGCCUUUCCGCAAUUCCAGGGCAUUUUACCACCGCGGUAUUCUCUACCUGCGGAAUGAAUGUCUUCGUUUUUUCUAUAGCCGCUAUCCUUUCGCUUCCUAAGCAAUUCAUCACGGUCUAUCUUGGUGUCAUUCUGGGAGAGGCUGCUGGACAGGAAAGUACCAAGCAGAAACUCAUUUCUGAUGGUGUGGUUGCGAUCACCGUGAUCGUCACUAUCGCCGCCUGCUGGUAUUUAUUGCGCAAGAUGAACCAAGUCAAACCUGAUAUUAUUUACGCGAGGAGGAAGGCUCGGCAAGCCAAGUUGAACAGCGGUAGUAUGUAUAGUACUCCCAAUCUCAGUGGAUCAGAUAUAUACAAUCCAAAUGCUUCUGAAACCAACAUUCCUCUUACU